UCAAUACUCUCCCCCCAUCAUUGCCAACGAAAAAAUAACUAACAACCAUGAAGUGGGUCAUAUCAAUUUUUUUAACUUUCCUACUAAAUUUUUCUGAACCCCGAACAAUGCACAGAAAUGCAUAUGGAAUAGCUUCCAUAUUGGAUUCUUCCCAAUGUUCUGCAGAGAUGAAUUUCGUUGACCUAGCUACCAUAUUUUUUGCUCAGUUUGUUCAAGAAGCCACUUACAAAGAAGUAAGCAAAAUGGUGAAAGAUAUACUGACUGUAAUUGAGAAAUCCACGGGCAGUGAGCAGCCUGUAGGGUGUUUAGAAAAUCAGCUAUCUGCCUUUCUGGACGAAAUUUGCCAUGAGAAGGAAAUUUCUGAAAAGUAUGGACUCUCAGAUUGUUGCAGCCAAAGUGAAGAGGAAAGACAUAGCUGUUUACUGGCACACAAAAAGGCUACUCCGUCAUCCAUCCCACCCUUCCAAGUUCCAGAACCUGUCACCAGUUGUAAAGCAUAUGAAGAAAACAGGGACAUGUUCCUGAACAGGUACAUCUAUGAGAUAGCAAGAAGGCACCCCUUUCUGUAUGCACCCACAAUUCUUUCUUUGGCUACCCACUAUGGCAAAAUAAUUCCACCUUGCUGCAAAACUGAAAAUGCAGUCGAAUGCUUCCAAACAAAGACAGCCCUGAUUACAAAAGAAUUAAGAGAAAGCAGUUUGUUAAAUCAACAUAUAUGUGCAGUGAUGAGAAAUUUUGGACCCCGAACCUUCCGAGCCAUAACUGUUACUAAAUUGAGUCAAAAGUUUUCCAAAGCGAAUUUUACCGAAAUUCAGAAACUGGUCCUGGAUGUGGCCCACAUACAUGAGGAAUGUUGCAGAGGAAACGUGCUGGAGUGUCUGCAGGAUGGGGAAAAAGUUAUGUCCUACCUAUGUUCUCGGCAAGAUAUUCUGUCAAGCAAAAUAGCAGAAUGCUGCAAAUUGCCCAUACUUGAACUUGGUCAAUGCAUAAUUCAUGCAGAAAAUGAUGAUACACCUGAAGGAUUAUCUCCGAAUCUAAAUAGAUUUUUAGGAGAGAGAGAUUUCAACCAAUUUUCUUCAAGGGAAAAAGAUCUUUUCAUGGCAAGAUUUACCUAUGAAUAUUCCAGAAGACAUACUAAACUUGCUGUCCCAGUAAUUCUAAGAGUGGCUAAAGGAUACCAGGAGUUAUUGGAGAAGUGUUCCCAGUCUGAAAACCCUCUUGAAUGCCAGGAUAAAGGGGAAGAAGAAUUGGAGAAAUAUAUCCAGGAAAGUCAAGCGUUGGCAAAGCGAAGCUGUGGCCUCUUCCAGAAACUAGGAGAAUAUUACUUACAAAAUGCGUUUCUUGUUGCUUACACAAAGAAAGCCCCUCAGCUGACCCCACCUGAGCUGAUGGCCUUCACUAGGAAAAUGGCAACCGCAGCAGCCACUUGUUGCCAACUCAGUGAGGACAAGCAAUUGGCCUGUGGUGAGGGAGCGGCUGAUCUUAUUAUUGGACAAUUAUGCAUCAGGCAUGAAGAGACUCCUGUAAACCCCGGUGUUGGCCUGUGCUGCACUUCUUCGUAUGCCAACAGGAGGCCGUGUUUCAGCAGCUUAGUGGUGGAUGAAACAUAUGUCCCUUUGCCAUUCUCUGCUGACAGAUUCAUCUUCCAUAAGGAUCUGUGCCGAGCUCAGGGUGUAGCACUGCAAACAAUGAAGCAGCAAUUUCUCAUUAACCUUGUGAAGCAAAAGCCUCAAAUAACAGAAGAACAACUUGAGGCUGUCAUUGCAGAUUUCUCUGGUCUACUGGAAAAGUGCUGCCAAGGCCAAGAGCAGGAAGCCUGCUUUGCAGAAGAGGGUCCAAAACUGAUUUCAAAAACCCGUGCUGCCUUGGGAGUUUAAAUUACUGCAGGGGGAAGAAGAAGACAAAAUAAGUCUUCAUGGUUUGGUGUGCAUCUUUUCCUUUAAUUCUAACUGAGAUAGUGCUUUUUGUGAAUUAAUGAAAUAACGACUUUAUUAUGAGAUUUCUCUGUCAUAUAAAUAAAGUAUCUCCAAAUGUU